AUGUCCCAGGAAAGAAUGGCCUCAGGAAAUGACUCUUCAGUGACGGAGUUUAUCCUGCUGGGCUUAACACAACAGCCAGAGCUCCAGCUGCCUCUCUUCCUCCUCUUCUUGGGAAUCUAUGUGGUCUCUGCGGUGGGGAACCUGGGCUUGAUGGUUCUGAUUGGUCUGAAUCCUCACCUGCACACUCCCAUGUACUACUUUCUCUUCAACCUUUCCUUCACCGAUCUCUGCUACUCCUCUGUUAUAACCCCCCAAAUGCUGCAUGGAUUUGUAAAACAGAACAUCAUCUCUUAUGCUGAGUGCAUGGCUCAGCUCUUUUUCUUUGCUUUCUUUGUUAUUGAUGAAUGCUGCAUUUUGACAUCAAUGGCUUAUGACCGAUAUGUGGCCAUCUGUAAACCUCUGUUUUACAGGAUCACCAUAUCUCCCCAGGUCUGCCUCAUGCUGAUGGUCAGUGGGUAUGUGAUGGGGUUUGUGGGUGCCAUGGCCCAUACUGGAUCCAUGCUGAGGCUCACCUUUUGUGAUGGUAACAUCAUUAAUCAUUAUAUGUGUGACAUCCCUCCUCUCCUGAAGCUCUCUUGCACAAGCACCUCCAUUAAUGAGCUGGUCGUGUUUAUUGUAGUGGGCAUCGGUAUAAUAGUUCCCAGUGUUGCCAUUAUUGCUUCUUACACCCUGAUCCUCUCCAAUAUUCUCCAAAUCCAUUCUACAAAGGGUAGGUCCAAAGCCUUCAGUACCUGCAGCUCCCACAUGAUUGCUGUUUCACUUUUCUUUGGAUCAUCAGCUUCCAUAUAUUUUAAGCCAUCUCCUGUUGGGUCUCUGGAUCAAAAUAAAGUAUCUACAGUUUUUUAUACCAUUGUGGGGCCAAUGAUGAAUCCUUUUAUCUAUAGUUUGAGGAACAAAGAUGUUCAAGUAGCAUUGAAUAAGACUUUGAAUAAAAGGGUGUUCACCUAA